AUGGGCUUUACUUCAUUAAGGAUUCUGUCUCUGCUGCUGCUUUUUCUCCACCAUCAAAGUGUCUCUUCUCAGACUGAAGUUUGCCGGACGGCGGUGCAGGCGGACUUGGUGUUCCUGGUGGAUGAGUCCUGGAGCGUCGGUCGGAGCAGUUUCUCCACAGUGAAAGACUUCAUCUCGUCUGUGGUCUCGUACUUCCCUGAUCAUGUGGUGGGCUCCGAGGGGGUCCGCUUUGGGGUCACUGUGUUUGGAGAUAUACCCAGGAUGCAGAUAGCUUUGACAGAUUACAGCACACAGGAGCAGACCCUUAAAGCCGUCAGAGACCUUACGUAUGAGGGAGGAUCCAGGAAGAUGGGCGUGGCUCUGAGAUACCUGGUGGAGAAUGUGUUCAGCGCGGCCAUCACUCGAGACCACGCCCCCAAGAUCGCGGUAUUGAUCACAAACGGGCGUUCCGACGACCAGGUUGAGGCGGCGGCCCGGGGAGUUGCUGACAAUGGGAUUUCUCUGUUUGCGGUUGGCGUGAGAGGGGCCCUUGAGUCGGAGCUGAGACGUGUCGUCUCCGAGCCUCAGGACGAGCACUUGUUUUUUGGGGCAGAUUACUCUCAGCUGGAGUCCGUCCUCCCCAGACUGUCCCGAAGAGUCUGCAUCACGGCGUCUGAGCCUCCGCGGCCCGUCAAAGCCCCUCAGCCCGUGGAGCAGCCGGUGGUGGGGCCGAGGGAUUUUCAGAUCAGGGAGGUGAACCAUAACUCCUUCAGACUGAGCUGGACUCCUGCCACUGGAGACGUGACCGGAUACAGGCUCCUGGUGACUCCCCUCAGCUCCAGAAGACAACCCCUGCACGCUCUCCAGAGACAGAUUGAUUUAAAGGCGGACGUGAGCACGGUUCAGGUGACAGAGCUGAGUCCAAAGACAGAAUACUCCCUCACCGUUUACGCCAUCUACCCCAGCCUCAUCGGGGACGCAGCCACCAUCCCAGUUCAGACAACGUCUUUACCUCAGGUGUCGAACUUCCGUGUGAUCGAGGAGGGUUUGUUCUCCCUGCGUCUGGGCUGGACACUGCCUAUUGGAAAAAUCAAUGGGUUCAAGAUUUUUAUCCCAAGAACCAAUAGACCGGGCUUCACCUACGAGCAGCUCCUCCCCGGCGACACCUCGUCUCAUGUGAUCGACAGUUUGGAGGAGGAUAAGAAAUACAUCGUCAGUAUUUACACGGUGUUUCCAGAGGGACCCAGUGAGCCGGUGUCUGUGGUGGGAAAGACACUAAAGUUGGUGCCAGUUCAACAGUUUUUGGUCCAAAACGCCACGACAGACACGCUCCAGGCGAAGUGGACGUCGGUCAGAGGAGCGAGCGGAUACCGCCUCACGUGGGAAGCUCCAGACGGCCACAUCGAGAACAUAAACCUCGGGGACAACUUCAACUUUUACAUGAUCCAGGGUCUUCGUGCGGGCGCAGACUACACCGUCACCAUCAACCCCAUCUUUGGAGACAUCGAGGGGCCCGUCACCACCAGGAGAGCCAAAACACUGGAGAGCAGUGCGGUUCAGUCUCUCAAAGUGUCUGCGGUCACCACCAGUUCAGCCGUCGUCUCGUGGAACAGUGUCCCCGGGGCCACGGGAUACAGACUGGCCUGGGGACCCACACCAGAGUUCGUCGGCCGUGACCGUCCUCGUCAGCUCGCUCUAAACGGCACCACCACAGAGUACCACCUCAAACACGUGGCCCACGACACCGAGUACGUCCUGACUCUGUACGUGCUCUUCGGCUCUGUGGUGGGGCCCGGCAUCAGCGCCACCUUCAGGACGUCUCCUCUCGGCUACGUGUCCAACUUCAAAGUGGCGUCCUACACGAGCGCGUCCAUCGACGUGGAGUGGAGCCCGAUCGUGGGGGCCACAGAAUACAGACUCACGUGGAAAACCGACGGGGCCGGUCCUCAGUCCAAAUACCUGGACCACGGCGUCUUGUUCCACCGCAUCGAAGACCUGAGUCCACUGUCCACGUACACGGUCACUAUCUGCGCUCUCUAUGGAAACGCAGAGGGGCCGGAGAUUUCACUAUCGCAACUCACAGCUGCCGUUUCCGAUUCGGACCCCAUCCAGGCCCCGCGAGAGGUGAAAGUGACCGACAUCGGCGUCAACUUUUUUACUUUGUCGUGGAAGAAAACUUCAGGAGCAUCUGGGUACAAAAUCUCCUGGACCCCCUUCUUAGGAGGUGAGGACAAGACGCACACAGUUUCGGGCUCGUCCACGUCGUACAUGAUUAAAAACCUGCGUGAGAGCUCGGCCUAUAAGAUCCAGCUGUCGUCAGUGGUGGGAAACAAAGAGGGCAGUCCGGUCCUGGUCACCGCACGAACAUUGGAUCUUCCUAAAGUGAACGGCUUUGAGGCGCUGAACACCACAGACCGCAGCACCGUCCUCAACUGGACCCGAGUCGCCGGGGUUUCUGGGUAUUCGCUCUCGUGGAGGCACAUUUCAAUUCUGGACACUAAGACUGAGAUCCUGGGUCCUGCCGUCACUUCCUUCAAGAUCGGAGACUUAUUGUACGGAAGAACUUACAUUUUUACCAUUCGGCCGCUGUACGGAGAAGUGGAGGGGCCAGUCACCACAAUAUACCAACGAAUACUGGGAGAGGACCCUGAGGUCACGUCCGUCCUGGCCACGGCCGCACCGAACCUGGCUCCCAUCACCAAACUCUCACAGCCGGCUCCCAUCACCCAUCCUGCAGUACCUCCUACCACCACCAGGAGGAACCAGCCCCCUGCUGUUGCACCGCCAGAAAAAACUAAAAAUAACAAGAAAUCUCAGGGAAAAGCUGGAGUGAGGGAGACGGAGAAAUAUGUACAACUGGCUACGAAGAAGCCAGAGACGACCACUGCACAGAACACAGGAUGCGAUAAGGCCACGGCAGAUGUGGUUUUCCUGGUGGAUGAGUCAUCGAGCAUUGGCGUCGACAACUUUAACAGAAUAAAGGACUUUAUAUUCAGAGCUGUGACUUACUUCCCUCUCAUUGGACCUCAGGGAACUCAGAUCGCCGUCGUCCAUUACAGCGACGACCCACGGAUUGAGUUUCGUCUGAGCGACAACAAGGAUCGAAACUCUCUGCUCCGAGCGCUCCGAGCUUUGCCGUAUCGAGGAGGCAACACCAAAACAGGGAAGGGCAUCGGUUACGUGUUGCAGGAGCUGUUCCGGGAGUCGUUGGGAAUGAGACAAGACGCUCCUCACGUUCUGGUGCUGAUCACAGACGGCAGAGCUCAAGACGACGUGGUGCCGCCGUCGAGAGUCGCACGAGCCCUAGGUGUGAGCGUCCUGGCCGUCGGAGUGGCCAACGCAGACAUCGACGAGUUGAACAAAAUCGCGGCUCCCACGAACUACAAGAACAUUUUCUACUCUCCCUCGUUUGACGACUUCCCCUCCAUCGAGAGAGACUUCAUCAGCAGCAUCUGUAGUGACGAGCUCCUGUCUGAGUACAAACCAGAACCAGAGUCAGAACCAGAGCCGGAGGACGCUCAGUUGGACAACCCCACAGGAGACCCCGAGGAGGCGUCCAAGCCCGAAGCCCCCUGCCCCGGCCACUGCGUAAAGGGCCAGAAGGGAGAGAAGGGCGAUGGGUUUGGACUCGGGGGUCUGAAAUUCAGAGCUAGUCCUGGGAAGUUUGAUCCUUUUACAGCCACAAAAGGAGAACCAGGUGAAAAGGGCCCGGCUGGAACAGAUGGCGUUCCUGGGUUGCCGGGGCGACCGGGCAGAUCUGGACCCCCGGGAUCCGCUGGACUCAGGGGCCCCCAAGGCAUCCCAGGUGACAGGGGUCUCCCGGGAGCGCCUGGGCCAAAGGGUCAAAGAGGAGAAAGGGGGGAGCCCGGUUAUGUCAUCGCGGGUCCUGAUGCCAGUUAUGUUCAAGGGAGAAAAGGCGAGCCGGGAUCUUCUGGUCCUCAGGGUUCUCCGGGAGUCCCAGGCGUCAACGGAGCCCCAGGACUCCCCGGACCCCCAGGUUUACACGGACCCCCAGGAGAAACUGUAAAGGGAGAUCCAGGUGAGCCGGGCAAAAGGGGUUUACCUGGUAAUCCCGGAGUGCCAGGACAGAAAGGAGAACCUGGGAGAGAUGGCAACGCUGGUCUGCCUGGUCCCAUUGGUCUGGACGGCGUACCUGGAUCACCUGGACAAAAAGGGCACAAGGGCGACGACGGCAUUGGCAUACAAGGCAUCCAAGGCCCGAGAGGAGAACCAGGCCAGAAGGGAAACAUCGGCCUCACUGGACCAGUCGGACCAAAGGGUGAGCGAGGAGAGCAAGGAAUCCAAGGCGUCGUGGGACCUCGGGGAAAGAAGGGAGUGGAAGGCAACAAAGGUGACAAGGGAGAGAAAGGAGAGAUCGGACCAACCGGAGCUCAAGGACCAACAGGGUUGACGGGUCCAAAGGGUUUAAAGGGAGACGAAGGCCAGAGAGGCGUCCCCGGAGACCCAGCGAAGGGCAUAAUUGGCCCAACUGGGAAAAAAGGAGCAAGGGGCGAUAUCGGUCCAGUUGGUCCCACAGGUCCACAGGGAAUCAAAGGUGAACAAGGAGACAAGGGGACCAAAGGCAGUCCCGGGUUUGGGAUUCCAGGUCAGCGUGGACCAAAAGGAGAAAAUGGAGAGAGAGGGAAUGUGGGAUUAUCGGGGAAACCUGGUCCAAAGGGGCAGGACGGCUCCAAAGGGGACAAAGGGAGCGUGGGGGCGCCGGGCAGUGCUGGAGAACCAGGAUUAAGAGGUAAAGAUGGCGCUCCGGGAGUGAAAGGAGAUCCAGGAGUAAAGGGAGAUGUAGGGCCGGCUGGAGAGUCCGGUGACAGAGGCAUUAGGGGGCCUCUUGGUUUGCCAGGACGACCAGGAGACCAAGGCGAGAAAGGAGACUCUGGGACAUCUGGCGACCCUGGUACGGAUGGGGCCAAGGGACAAAAAGGCGAGCCCGGAAAACCUGGACCUCCUGGACAUCAAAUUGUUGCCGAUAACAACAUUUUGACCCGAGUGAUUAAGGGUGAACAAGGAGAGCCUGGAGAGCCUGGAGAGCCCGGUGUACGAGGGGACACGGGGCCACCGGGGCCACGAGGUCCUGAAGGGAAGCCCGGUUUACCUGGUUCAUCCGAGGGUGGAGGUGGGAAAGACGGGCUGGAUGGUUUACCGGGAAAACCAGGACAAAAGGGUGAACCGGGACAAAAAGGUGAUUCUGGGAUGAGAGGGGACAAAGGCGAGCAAGGCAAAGUUGGCAUUGCUGGGAUCCCCGGUUUACCAGGCACCCCCGGGCGACCGGGCAUUGACGGAAAGAGAGGCCUUCCCGGGAGUACUGGAGACGGAGGACAGAAAGGAGACGAAGGGAAAAAGGGAGAAAAGGGGGAUUCUGGAGCUCAUGGUCGAGACGGGAGCAAAGGUGAACCAGGAGCUCCGGGUUUACCUGGAAAACAAGUCCUCGUGACGGCAGAUGGCGCCACGGUCGACGAGCUACGCCAAGCCUUUCCGAUACCGAUGGGUCCUCCGGGUGCAACUGGCGCUCCAGGAAUGAAGGGUGAAAAGGGAGAAAUGGGCGUCAAAGGAGAAAGGGGCGAAGCUGGAAAAGGCAUUGAAAUGAAGGACAUAGAGGAGAUGUUUGACGCCUAUGGGAUACGGCUGCCGUUGUUGAAAGCGUUGAUCGACAGGCUGCUUCAGGACGGCAUCGAGGAGCUGCUCCACGUCCUCGGAAACGCCAAGAAAAACAAAGAAAAGUCCGACGGCCAUACGUCCAACAUCAUCACCGAGUUCACCAGUUCGUUGAAGUUUCCAGACCAGGCGUUGUCUGAACUGGCAGAUCCUGCUUUUGACAGAGAUCUAGAGUCUGACCUUUUGAAUGGAACAGCUGAAGGACCAACGUUAUGGACCCUGAACGGAGAAGAGCAGAGCACGUCUCACGGAAAGUUUAAAGAACCCGGGAAAAGUGAAAACUCUUCAGUGAAAUCAAACUGGACGGUUACUAACUCCACCAGCGACACAACGGCCAAUAAGACAGUUUUAAAGUCGUCAGAUCCGGCUGUUGAGACUCUGAUCUUGAGUCAUGAAGAUUUACAAAAGAAAAACUCAGGACAUAAAAAGAAAACCCGUGGGAAGGGCAAAGGAAAUAAAGGACGACAUAAGAGGCAGAGACACCGCCUGAGUGACACUGACGAUGAGGGGGAGGAGCCUGAUGAGCUGUACGCCGCAGGAGAGUACAGUUAUGAGGAGCCCUUAUUCCCAGAUGAGGCUUUUGUUUCUCGCGACGGGGCCGAGGACGCGCAGGAAGAAGAGACGUCCAUCCACAGGCCUGAGCAAACUGAGAGAGCAGAGCGAGUGACAGAGGAGCAGGAGUCAGAUCUGAUGGAUUCUCCUCCCACAGAAGAACCAGACAAGGUUUCUAAAGUCAGGGUGAGAAAAAGUGUGCGGUCGACUCAUUCAGGGGCGUUCAUGCCGGGGGCUCCGGGCAGGACAGGCCCAUUCAAAGAAGCACCACGAUAUCUCACGUCAGGAGCUCAAGGUUAUAACAGCUUCAGUAACAAAAAGCCCGAAAAGUCGUCUAGACCCAGUGGUAAACUCGGAGUGAGGAGCAGACUGAGCUUCCUCGCCACACAGAGCGAACUCGAGGAGAAAGAAAACGACAAAUGGGACGCAGAACCUACAGAAACAAGCUACGACCCGGGUUUUGAGGAAGAGGAGGAGAGCGGAGACUACGGGUGGACCACGGACGACGAAGACGAAGAUGUAGACGGAGACGAGCUCGAGCGGGACAGAGAGAGGGAGCGACUUGCGAUGGCGCGAGAAAGAGAGGAGUUAGAGCGAGAGAGAGAACUGGAGAGGCAAGCGGAGAGAGAGAGGACACGAGACGAAGAUCUAGACCAGGAUCUGGACCGAGCGGAGACCGACGAGGACCUGGAUCGAGGCCCGGACCGGGACAGGACUGAGGAAGACUUGGAGAGAGAGAGGAUGGAGUGGGAGAGGAGGAGAGAGGAGAUGGAGAGGAGGAGACAAGAAGGUUAUGACCCCGAAACACAGCAACCCUACCCAUACUCCCCUGAAUACUUUUUAUUUAAGGGGCAGCCGGGAGAGAGCGGGAGACCAGGAGCAAAGGGAGAAAUCGGAGAAAAGGGGCAAAAGGGGGAGCCAGGCAUGGGCUACAGAGGACCUGAAGGACAGGCCGGACCUCCUGGACAGAAGGGCGAGCCUGGGGAGCCGGGGCCCCCUGGUGCUCAGGGCAUACAGGGCAUCCGGGGAAAUGCGGGUCAGCUGGGCUCCCCCGGAAUGAGAGGACCGCCCGGGGAUCCUGGAGCGCCGGGAAGAGAGGGAGACAGAGGGAAACGUGGGAAGAACGGGACGCCAGGGAAUCAAGGCCCCCGAGGACCUCCUGGGGCUCUGGGUGAUCCUGGAAUUCCUGGUGUGAAAGGAGAAAAGGGGGACAGUUUUCCUGGAGAUCCUGGAGCCAGAGGUUUGGUGGGAUUCCCAGGGAGAAAGGGUGAAAAGGGGACACCGGGUGAAAAAGGUCUUCCAGGACAUAUGGGCGCCAAAGGGUUUCGAGGCACUAAAGGUGAAAAAGGCGAGCGCGGCGUACCUGGCGUCCGAGGGGAAAGAGGAAGUGUGCUUCAAAUGCAAGGCCCACGCGGAUUUAAAGGCAGCAAAGGAGAUGCGGGGGAGCGAGGUCCACCGGGUUUUGACGGAGAUAAAGGAGAAAAGGGAGAGGACGGCCCUCCUGGAGUCAAGGGUCUAAAAGGUGACGCUGGGAGUAAAGGUGCGAUCGGACGCUUUGGAGCCCGAGGGCCCGUGGGUCAGAAGGGAGACACGGGGGAGCCGGGGCUCAAUGGAGUCAUGGGCCGUAACGGAGACGACGGCGUGGACGGAGCGAAGGGGGACAAAGGCGACGACGGACUUCAGGGAGAGAAAGGCAGCCAGGGAGAUACAGGGGAGCCGGGUUUACCAGGAGACAACGGGGAGAAAGGAGAGAAGGGUUUCAGAGGAAUCCUGGGACGCACUGGGAGUCCAGGGUUAAAUGGAGAAAAGGGAGACAUGGGUUUACCUGGAACACCUGGAAUUCCCGGAUUAAACGGACUCACCGGACGCAAGGGCGAUAAAGGUGAAGGAGGGUUGAACGGGGCUGACGGAGAGGCCGGGGAGAAGGGCGACAAGGGAGUGGCGGGGUUUCCUGGUUUUCCUGGGUUCAAAGGCUCAGCUGGAAGCCCGGGAAGAGACGGAGACGAGGGACCGCCCGGAGCGCCAGGACUGAGGGGCAACACAGGACCGAAGGGUGAGAAAGGUCGCAGAGGUCGGACAAAAUCGUGUCAGAAAGGAGCUCCAGGUUCUCCGGGACUCCGAGGACUCACCGGAUCGAUGGGGAGCGAAGGAAUAAAAGGAGAGAAAGGCGAGCCCGGACUGUCGGCUGUGGAGGUGAAGGAGCUGGUGACUCGGGAGGUGGUGGACCAGUGCGGUCUCGAGUACAAGUUCAUGGUGAAGUCCGUUGAUCCUGAUGGGACCAAACCGGUGAGAGGAGAUAAACCCGAUUUAAACCAGGAGGAGGAAGAGGAGGAGUCACAUGAACGGUAUGAAGUCAGGGACGGGAGCCUCGUGACUGCAGCCCCUCUGAGCCCAGGAGAGAACGUCCCGCCUCUGAACAGCACCGGCUCGACGAGGAUGAAAAGACGGGUGUUUGGACCAACUAAUGGCGUUUCAGGAUGGGAGGGGUGCCUGGAGCCGAUGAAGGAGGGGUCGUGCUCAGAGUACACAUUACUAUGGUACUUUCACUCUGCGUCAGGGGAUUGCCGGCCCUUUGUGUACGGAGGCUGCGGAGGGAACAAAAACAGGUUCAUCUCCAGGCAAGAGUGUCAGCUCCGGUGUGAGACGAGGCAAAAAGAUGCAUCAACAGACACUGAACCGUGGAGAUGACAACUUCUGCCAAAACUCUUGAUUUUCACUGUUAGACUUGUCA